AUGAGUACAUGCAACCCCAGCUUAAUACCAGCAGACCCCGGUGUAGUGUUGAAGCGUAAUCCAAGUGAAGGUGGUACCGAUGCACCUUAUCGACAAGCGAUCGGAUCGGUAAUGUAUUUGGCAGUGGCUACGCGUCCGGAUUUGGCGUUUUCAGUGAGCCAAUUAAGUCAACAUUUGGAGCAUCCAUCUGAAGUACAUUGGCAAGCUGUGAAACGAGUGUUCCGGUACUUACGUGGAAGUAUGGACACUGGAAUUACGUUUAGUGACCAAAGGGGAAGUGUAAAUCAACUCGUUGCAUACUCGGACGCGGAUUACGCGUCGGAUGAAGAUCGAAAAUCGAUCAGUGGCGUCGUCGUAAUCCUUAACGGUGGACCAGUCAGCUGGAUGUCAAGGAAACAAACGAUUGUGGCUGACUCUACAACGUACGCAGAGUAUGUAGCGGCGUACAUGGCGACGAAAGAAAUUAUUUGGAUUCGCGGACUUUUAGCCGAUUUGGGUGCAGUGCAGCGACAACCGACGAUUGUGCACAUGGACAACGCGGCCGCUGAACAUUUGGUGCGAAACCCUGUUCACCAUCGACGCACCAAACACAUCGACGUCAAGUUCCACUACACACGUGACGCUUAUCAACGGGGAGAGAUUGAUAUCAACCACGUUGGGACAACGGAACAACUGGCGGAUAUGUUCACGAAACCGCUAAGCCGUGAUAAAUUUGCCAAUAAUUUAAAAUUGUUGAAUUUACAUUCAGUUUAA